CGAUCCCAGCAGUGGAGUGAGUGUGGAGGUGUUAAAGGUGGAUCUCAGAACAUGGCUCUGCAGCGGGUCGUUAUAGGAGUUAUAAUACUGAUCUCAGGUCAAAUUUUGGUCUCAACAGCACAAACAAAUGUGUGUGAGACGUUUGGCAGUGGGGUGAUUCAGACCUUCAGUAAGAGUAUGUUCUACCUGAAGUCUACAUGUCCUUUCACCCUGACCCGCUUCACUCUGUCCGGGGUGACCUGUAGCAUCACUGUCCAGCGCAAUGCCACCGGCCUCAUGAACAGCGUGGAGAUCACUGUGAAUAAAAUCACCACCGUACUGCAGGACGGGAAAAUCACUGUGGAAGGAAGCAGUAUCUCUCUCCCCUUCGAUCACACCUAUCAGCUGGUUUAUCAGUAUGGUGUCUUCAUCAAGCUUAGAAGCAAGGUUCUCCCGUUUUCUGCCAUCUGGCGCAGUCAACCUGGCGGCAUCAGUUCAGUUUGGGUGCAGCUGGACCAUGACUUACUGAGCGACAUGGCAGGAGUGUGUGGCCGACUGAACGGUGCAGAAACUCCAGCACAGCUUAUAUCUGCUAAUGUCAUGUCUGAUGGAAAGUGUGUGACUGAGGAUUCUAAACCUCAGAAAACACAGGUUUGUGAGGUCCUGUCUUUUGCUACUGGAUGUCCUGGUGGUAAAUCUGCGCAAAACCUGUAUAUUGACCUGUGCUCGCGCAUGCCCAGCACUGUGAACGUGUAUGCGAAGUGUGCCUUUUUUGAAGAGGUUGCUUUCAGCUGUGGGAAUCAGUCCAACUUUUGGUCUGUGUGGAGAUCUAAAACCUCAUGCUCAAAACCUACCUGUCCUGGAGAUCUGAAAUUUCAGGAGCUGGGCUCGCCCUUUCCUCCCACCUGCACCAACCCCCAGCCACAGUCAGAAUCUUUAGUCAGCACAUGUUUACCCCCAGCAGGUAUGGUUCUGAAUGAUCGAGCUGAUGGGGAUCAUUGUAUUGAUGUGAAGAGUUGUCCAUGUGUACAUGGAGGGAAAACGUAUCCACCAGGAGCAGAGCGCAACUCAAAGUGCCAGUCAUGUGUAUGCGUCCAAGGUAAAUGGAGCUGCUCUGCUAACUUCUGUCCUCCUACCUGUAACAUGGAAGGGCAGGCUGUCAUGACAUUUGAUGGUAAACAGUAUCGAGUGCCUGGAAAAUGUACCUACGUGGCUGCAAGCGGAUCCAGCUGGACUGUCACAGUCAAGUAUUCUGAUACAGAUGCAUCUAUAGCACAGAUGUACCUUGAUGUGUAUCAGGAGAGAUACACUUUCUCAGCAAACAGUGUAAAACUGGGACAAGAGGAAGUCACUGAUCUUGCUCAGACUGAUCACACUAUAGUCUUCUGGCAGUCUUCAAUGUUUGUUCAUGUCCAGACCUCUUUUGGCAUGAAGAUUAAAGUUCAGGUUUUUCCAGAAAUUCAGCUGUACAUAUUUCUGCCUACAUACGUACAGACCAGAGGUCUGUGUGGAAUCUAUAACAGCAAUACAGAAGAUGAUUUCACCACCAGCAGUGGGAUUAUAGAGAACGCAGUUGUGCCGUUUACCCAGUCCUGGGCUAUAGGAGACUGUAACCCACCAACUACUGUUUUAUGUGUCAACACUGACAAUGAGAUCUUUGCUGAGCAGAAGUGCAGCCAGUUGUGGAAUACGAGCAGUGUGUUUGCCCGCUGCCAUGAUUACGUGCCUGUUAACAGCUUUUUUGAUGCCUGUGUUCAGAGAACCUGCCAGUGCACGUCUGGAGUCCAGGGUUGCCUGUGUGUUGCCCUCAGUAACUACGCUAAAGCCUGUGCCAGUCAGGGGAUUGAUGUGGGUGACUGGAGAGCAGAGGCAGACUGUGGCGUCACCUGUAACGGAAAUCUGAUGUUCAGCUACACGAUGAGCGCCUGUAACCGGACCUGCCGAUCCUUAAGCGGCUCGGACCCCACCUGUGACGUGGCGGCUGACUCAGUGGAGGGCUGCGGAUGCCUGGCAGGAACACACCUUAACACCCCACUGGAGUGCAGCUCUAGCGCCCUCUGUAUGUGCCACUACCAGGGAGGAACCACACCUCCAGGACCCGUUGUUAUUGAUGGGCGACAGUGCCUGUGUGAAAAUGGAGUUCUCCAAUGUUCUGAAGCUUGCGACUGUCCAAAGGGUAAAAUAUGUGUGCACUGUGCACAAGCAUCAGUCAACACAGCUCGGAGGACAUGCGAAAGCCUGAGCAAACCAUUUAGUGGUGAAGAGACGUGCACCAGUGGCUGCUACUGUCCGGCAGGUCUGGUUGAGGAUCACAAUGGUGGGUGUGUAACUCAGGAUAACUGCACGUGUGAGUUCAGCGGGAGUGUUUACGCAUCCGGACAGAGCGUGGUGACAAACUGCAAACAAUGCACCUGCAGAGGAGGGCAGUGGUACUGUGAAGGGGAGCCGUGCCCGGGGGUGUGUGAGGUGUUUGGGAAUGGACAGUACAAUACUUUUGACUCCAAGUGGUAUCGCUUCGAUGGGAACUGUCAGUACACACUGGUUGAGGAUGCUUCUGGCCCCGGGCUGUUUGCAGUCAGGGUGGAGAGUGUGCCAUGCUGUGACGAGGCUCUGACCUGUUCCCGCUCCAUUUCACUGGAUCUCCAGGACGUGGUGACUCUGACUCUGCGGGAUAUGAAUGUGACAGAGACGCAGAAGUCCGGGUGGCAUCUGCAGGCUCAGCCCCUGUACUCUGUCCACACUGUGGGCCUCUAUAUCAUCAUCUCAGUGCCGGAUCUGGGGCUCACUGUGGUCUGGGAUAAGCACACCAGAGUCAAAAUUGUGCUGCAGGCCAGAUGGAAGGGUAAUGUGAGAGGUCUGUGUGGGAAUUUUGAUGGAGUAGUGACGAACGACCUUCUGACCCGGAGCUCCUCGGUGGUGUUCAGCAGUCUGGAGUUUGGGAACAGCUGGAAGACAGCGGUCCCGCCCUGUUCAGACGUCACGCAGGAAGUGUUUCCCUGUGAGCGCCAUUCAUACUGUGAGGCCUGGGCUCAGCGCCGCUGCAUGAUCCUGCUCAGCGACACCUUCGCAGACUGCCGCCUAAAGGUCGAUCCAACAUCCUAUUACCAGGCUUGUAUUCUGGAGUCAUGCUCGUGUGAGUUUGAGGGAAGGUUUCUUGGAUUCUGCACAGCUGUGGCAGCAUAUGCUGAAGCCUGCAAUGCACAGAACGUCUGUGUCAACUGGAGAACCCCGGACCUGUGCCCGGUGUAUUGUGACUAUUACAAUGAAGAGAGCGAGAAUGGCUGGCAUUAUGACCCGUGUGGUCAGACUGAGACUUGUGGGAAAAAGCACAGCUUUACUGGAAAACUUGAAGGUUGUUACCCAAGAUGCCCUUUAGAGACACCAUAUUUUGAUGAGAACACAAGAAAGUGCUCCAGUUUGGACAAGUGCACCUGCUACUUCAACAACACAGUAGUUUAUCCUGGUGGCAAAGUGAGGACAUCCAGUGAAUGCUGUGAAUGCGUUGAAGGACAGCUAGCUUGUGAAUACUGUGCAUCUACCACGGCACGGUCAACAACCUAUUUAACUACAACAGAAGUACCAAAACCUACAAGUCUGCUGACUACUACAGUAACAAACACAACAGUGUCACCAACCACUAAGUUUUCUACAGGAAAAUCUACAACUACAACAGUAACAGAGACAACAGUGUCACCAACCACUGAAUUUUCCACAGAAAAAUCUGAAACUACAAGAGUAACAGAGAUAACAGUGUUACCAACCACUGAGUUUUCUACAAAAGAAUCAGAACCUUCAACAGUAACAGAAACAACAGUGUCGCCAACCACUGAGUUUUCUACAGAAGAAUCUGAAACUACAAGUGUAACAGAGACAACAGUGUUUCCAACCACUGAGUUUUCUACAAAAGAAUCAGAACCUUCUACAGUAACAGAGACAACAGUGUCACCAACCACUGAGUUUUCUACAGGAGAAUUUGAAACUACAAAAGUAACAGAGACAACAGUCUCACCAACCACUGAGUUUUCUACAGGAGAAUUUGAAACUACAAGAGUAACAGAGACAACAGUGUCACCAACCACUGAGUUUUCUACAGGAGAAUUUGAAACUACAAGAGUAACAGAGACAACAGUGUCACCAACCACUGAGUUUUUUACAGAAGAAUUUGAAACUACAAAAGUAACAGAGACAACAGUCUCACCAACCACCGAGUUUUCUACAGCAGAAUUUGAAACUACAAGAGUAACAGAGACAACAGUCUCACCAACCACUGAGUUUUCUACAGGACAAUAUGAAACUACAAGAGUAACAGAGACAACAGUCUCACCAACCACUGAGUUUUCUACAGGAGAAUUUGAAACUACAAGAGUAACAGAGACAACAGUGUCACCAACCACUGAGUUUUCUACAGGAGAAUAUGAAACUACAAGAGUAACAGAGACAACAGUCUCACCAACCACUGAGUUUUCUACAGGAGAAUUUGAAACUACAAGAGUAACAGAGACAACAGUGUCACCAACCACUGAGUUUUCUACAGGAGAAUUUGAAACUACAAAAGUAACAGAGACAACAGUCUCACCAACCACCGAGUUUUCUACAGCAGAAUUUGAAACUACAAGAGUAACAGAGACAACAGUGUCACCAACCACUGAGUUUUCUACAGGAGAAUAUGAAACUACAAGAGUAACAGAGACAACAGUCUCACCAACCACUGAGUUUUCUACAGGAGAAUUUGAAACUACAAGAGUAACAGAGACAACAGUGUCACCAACCACUGAGUUUUCUACAGGAGAAUAUGAAACUACAAGAGUAACAGAGACAACAGUCUCACCAACCACUGAGUUUUCUACAGGAGAAUUUGAAACUACAAGAGUAACAGAGACAACAGUGUCACCAACCACUGAGUUUUCUACAGGAGAAUUUGAAACUACAAGAGCAACAGAGACAACAGUCUCACCAACCACUGAGUUUUCUACAGGAGAAUUUGAAACUACAAAAGUAACAGAGACAACAGUGUUACCAACCACUGAGUUUUCUACAGGAGAAUUUGAAACUACAAGAUUAACAGAGACAACAGUCUCACCAACCACUGAGUUUUCUACUGGAGAAGCUGAAACUACAAGAGUAACAGAGACAACAGUGUCACCAACCACUGAGUUUUCUACAGGAGAAUUUGAAACUUCAACAGUAACAGAGACAACAGUGUCACCAACCACUGAAACUCCAUUCACUCCAAUAAUACCAGAGCCAACAACAGCCACAGAAAUCUCAAGCACAACUAAAGAAACUGAACUCACAACUCUAUUAACUACCACUACACUUGAACCAGUAUAUACAACCAAAGCCACAACAAUGCCACCUAUAUACACUGGGCCACCUCUCUUACCUCACAAUCACACUUCACCUCAAGAAUGGUUACAGACAACUCAAGUCAGCACACCUUUCACAACAGCAACAAUUUCUACAACAGCGUUCACUGUUCCUCCAGUGCCUUGCAGGGACCCACUGAGGAACCAAACCUGGCCCAGUGGUGCUGAGUGGAAGGAGGACUGCUUCUAUAAAACCUGCAGAAACAGCGUAAUUGAGAUGAGACCUGUCAUAUGUCCAACUCUGGUCCAACCUAAUUGUCCUAGAGAUCUGAUGCGGGUGGUGAAAGAUGAGGAGGGCUGCUGUGAAAAGUGGCAAUGUGACUGUCAGUGUGAUCUGUAUGGUGACCCUCAUUAUGUAUCCUUCUCGGGAACUAAGUUUGACUUCCUGGAAAACUGCACUUACACGCUGGUGAAGGAGAAGAUUGCACGCCAUCAUCUCAGCAUUACAGUGGAUAAUUACUUUAGCAACCCCUUGUUGUUCGGCUCAUCGGUCAAGGGCAUUGUCCUGAAGUACCAUGAUGACACAGUCACUCUGCUCGUCAAUGAUGAUUAUGGAACAGUGGAGGCUACUCUGAAUCAGAAUCCAGUCCAGCCACCCUAUGUAGAGAAUGGCAUCAGGUUCGAGGGCACGAAUUACCAGAUCUUCGUGUACCUUGAUGAAAUCCGCUCUCACGUCUCUCUCGAUCCAGACAACACCCUUCAGAUCACUCUGGCCAUGGAGAACUUCCAGGAUAACACUGAAGGACAGUGUGGUGUGUGUGGAGGAGCCUCGUGUGUGCGCAGGAAUGGACAAGUUGAAAGUGAGGACUGCUGUAACAUGACGGCCUAUGAGUGGAUAGAGGAAGACCCUCUAAAGCCCUACUGUGCCAGCAUCCCCAAACACGAGUCCUGUUUCCCCAUCAUCCCCGGCACCGUGGAGCCACCACCAAUCUGCGUCGCCCCUCUCUGUGACCUCCUCACACACGAAGUGUUUCGUGAAUGCAGUGAGAAUGUGGAUGUGGAGACGCUGGUGAAAAACUGCAGGUUUGAUUACUGCGUUGCUAAAAGCAACAGCAGCAUCUGCUCCCCACUGCAGCACCUCAGCGAGCAAUGCAAGAGACUGGGCUACUGUGUGUACUGGAGAAACCUCACUGAGGGGGCCUGCGAUGUCACAUGUCCAGACGGGAUGGUUUUUGAUGAGUGUCGCAGUACUCCAAAUGACGUCUGUAAAGGAGGAGUGCGUGUACCAGGGAAAUUUGGUACUGACAGCAUGAGAUCUGGGUGCUUCUGUCCAGAUAACCAAACUCUUGCUGAGGAAUACAAGACGACCUGCGUUUCAGAUUGCACCAAUUGCAAAGGUCCACUGGGAGAGCCCAUGCCGGCUGGAGCAAUAUGGGAGUCACACUGUCACAUAUGCAGAUGUAACAACCAGACCCUGACUGAAGAGUGCUCACCAAUGCCUACGACUCCAACCCCCCAAUGCAGUGAAGACUCCACACUCGUCUCAGACUGCUGUGACAACCAGAUAUGUGUGGAGAAGACAUGUGAACACAAUGGAAAGACCUACAAGGUGGGGAAUACGUGGAAGGAUCAGUCCCAGCCCUGUGUGACAUACAAGUGCACAAGAGCAGGCACUGAAAUACAGACGAGUGUGUGUCCUGAGCAGAGCUGCUCUGAGGAGCUCCGUGUGUGGGACGAACACCACUGCUGCUUCUCAUGUAAUGUAAGCUGUGCAGUCAGGAUGACCACAAUGACUGUCACCCUGGAAGGCUGCACUCAGGAGGUGAAGAUACCCAGCUGUGAAGGACACUGCCAAUCAAACACCAUGUGGGUGAGGUCUGGAGAGGUGCUGCAGCUGGAGCCGGAGCGCCGCUGCUGUCGGGAGAAAAAGUUUGAAACCAGGAAGCUCUCUCUGAGCUGUAAAGGUGCCGCCCCCACCCACUACGCCUACAAUCACGUCACCAGCUGUGAGUGCCAGCCUGACGCCUGAAAUCCCACCAGCUUCAGAUCAGCAUUAGCUUUAGCAUUACAAUAAAGUGGGGAUGAAAUGGGGAUGUGGGCUUUAUAUAUUUCAAUGUUGUUUGAUUUGAUUUAAGUGAUUGAUUUAUUUGAUGAAGAUUUGCACUGAUUGUCUCUUUGCUUUUUUGCCUUUUUUAUGAUAUGUGGUGUUUUAUUGUGUCCUUAAAUUGUGUGUUUAAAUCUGUAUCAUUAAAAUCAUAGUGAAAUAUUAAUAAAUAGAAAAAUGGUAACAGUGCAAAAGAGUUAUUUUAAAAAAGGCUAUUUUAAUGAACCCUUUCAGACUCAGCAUCCAUUACAAUAUAUUUUCUUUAUUAAAAAACACAAUUUAUGAGCUGUUGUCCAUCAGAAUAGACCAUGAACCAGCCAAUGAACAAGUUUAUAAACCAAUGAAUCAGUUACUUGGCCCUGCCCACUGCAAAAACACUAAGACAACAGUAGUACAAGAGCCAUUGAGGCAAAAUAAAAAGUAAUUUUUGCUAAUACUAAUUUAAUUAUGACUUUACUGUUUUGCUAUGGUUUAUUAAAAUUAAUAGGUCAUUAUAAAAAAUAAAAUAUAUAUAAAAUAUUACACACAGACUUCCAAUGCAAUGGAAAAAAUAUAUAUAUAUAUUUUAGUGAAUUUGAUUUAUUUGCUAUAUAGGUUUUAUAGUAGAAUGUUAGUCUGUUUUCCUGUGCAUUAUAGACAAAAAAACAGCAUUCUUACUUUUUUAAGUUAAGUUGAUUGUUCAGUCUUCGGCUAUAUACUGUUACCUUUCAAAUCACUAAGUUUUAAGAUAUGCAGUAAAUUACACAAGUGUCUUAAUUAUGUUUUGCUUGAAUUGUAGUAAAUGAUUUUUAAUAUUAAAUAAGUAGAGCUUCUGCAGUUCUGGGCAACACUGCUUUCAACCAGAAUCAGUGGGUGUGACUGUGGCAAUUGAUUCACCUGACUGUAUAACAUGAUUCAGAUUAUAAAUCAGUUAUGAUUUAUGAUAUAUAUGUUGGAUAUGGUUUAAAUAUAAAAAGUAAUAUAAAGAAAUGUAAUUCUGCCCACCAGGUGGUGCACUAUACUAAUCAGACUCACUGGGCUAGACACCAGAUAAUUGAUUCUUUGAUUCACCUGAUUCUGCAACAUUCAUUCAGAUUAUAAAUUAGUUAUACGAUAUGAACAUCUGUAGUAUAAAGUAAUAUAGUAAUAUAAGAAAUUUGAAACAACUCAAGAUACUCUCAAAUAAAAUAUUUUAGGUCAGGUAAAUUUAUUAAAGUUAUUGUAGUGCCAACAGCAGAAUAUUAUCAUGUCAUAAUUAUUUUUAUUACUAUUCAUUUUUAGUGCAUUUAUAUAGAAACUAGAACGAAAAAGAUGGUGUGAAUUGGUACUAAGCAUUUUGUUUUAUAUAAUCUCAGGUUUCACUGUUCAACUUUCACAUACAGUUGAUCUGUUAACUGUUUUGGUCUUUUGUUCUCUCUUUUGUUCUUUAAAGCACUUUAUGCAUACAAUUGUAAAAUCACAUUGCCUUUUAAUAAUGCCUUUUAAUCAUUAAAUAAUCUAUAUAUUGUG